GUCAGUGCCAGGUUCUAGGCCUGCCCAGGGGGUCCUGCUUCCUGUGGAGGAGGGGCCUGUGCUGCCUCUGUCCCCAGUGGGCAUCUUUGCCCCAGCUCACUUGUCCUUGUCCUAGGUGCCUGUGCAGCACCUGUGGGCGAUAGGACGUGGGUAGGACCCUGGCUCUUCCUGGGGGUGCUGGGCGGCUCCAGACCAGUGGGUGGAUAAGACAGGUGCACGGAAUUGCCUCAGAGGCCCCAGCACAGUGCAGAGAGGGAGUCCUUGGGCUGAAGGUGGAAAAUCCAGGCAGGCUGCUCGGAGGAGGUAGCCCUGGCAGUGGGGCUUCAAGGAAGUUGGGCAGGAGGAGGAAUUUGGAGAGGGCACACAAGGUUUGGGGGCUGCUGGGGCAAGGGCCCCCAGGCUAGUGCUGUCCUCACUGCAGCUGAGCCAGCCUCCUGCCCUCCUGGUUCCUGUCCUUUCCCACCUCCUUCUCCCCUUCUGUGCAUCACUCAGCACUUGGGCAGGCGUUGCCACAACAGGCUCUGGCAACUGGGUCUGGCAGCGAAGCCCUGGAAAAACCUGGGGCAGAGCCCAGAGGAGUGAGUGCCCCAUGCUCAGGGCGCGCUCGGAGACCAAGAGUCCACCUCCAACAGGCUGUGUGGGGCGCGGAGUCUGGGGCCGCUGCCCGGCUUGUGGUGGGGGGACCCUCUUAGCUCUUCCCCUGGGCAACAGAAGAGCACUGGACUUGGAGUCCAGACACUGAGUUCCACUCCCUGACUCACCUGUGGUGGGGCAAGGAUGUUUCCUUCUCAGGGACUUGCUGUCCCCUUUUGCAAAUGGGCUCAUGCUACCCUUUCCCGAAGGCUCCAGGCAAACUCCAGUUAGAGGGGGAGGAAUAAGGUGCUGUGUCCACUCUGAGGGGCACCUUGGCAGCCGUGUGAAGUCAGGAGGUCUAGGUCCUCUUGGCCCCUCUUCCCGGGACAAGGGCACGAGAGCGGCUGCUUUCAGCCCCCUCUUCUCCCUCAGAUGUUAUGGAGCUGGGUCUGUCUCCGCCUCAUCUCAGCAGCUCCCCAGAAGACCUGUACUUGGCCCCUGGGACCCCUCCUGGGACUCCCCCACCUCCCGAUGCCCCUCUGCCUGGGGAGGUGAAGAGGUCCCAGCCUCUGCCCAUUCCGACCAGCAGGAAUCUUCUUCGAGAGGAGGAGCUGCGGGCAAGCUCUCUACCCUCCAUCCCCAACCCCUUCCCUGAGCUCUGCAGUCCUCCUUCACAGACCCCCAUUCUUGGGGGGUCCUCCGGUGCAAGGGGGCUGCUCCCUCGAGACACCAGCUGCCCCCAUGUAGUGAAGGUGUACAGCGAAGAUGGGGCCUCCCGGUCUGUGGAGGUGGCGGCGGGCGCUACAGCCCGCUACGUGUGUGAGAUGCUCGUGCAGCGAGCUCAUGCCCUGAGCGAUGAAAGCUGGGGGCUGGUGGAGUGCCACCCCCAUCUAGCACUGGAGCGGGCCUUGGAGGACCAUGAGUCCGUGGUAGAAGUGCAGGCUGUCUGGCCCAUUGGUGGAGACAGCCGCUUUGUCUUCCGGAAGAACUUCGCCAAGUAUGAACUGUUCAAGAGCUCUCCACACUCCCUGUUCCCAGAAAAGAUGGUCUCCAGCUGUGUGGACACACCGACAGGCAUAUCCCACGAAGACCUCAUCCAGAACUUCCUGAAUGCAGGCAGCUUCCCAGAGAUCCAGGGCUUUCUGCAGCUACGGGGGUCUGGACGGAAGCUUUGGAAACGCUUCUUCUGCUUCCUGCGCCGCUCUGGCCUCUAUUACUCCACCAAGGGCACCUCCAAGGAUCCCAGGCACCUGCAGUAUGUCGCAGAUGUGAAUGAGUCCAACGUGUAUGUGGUGACCCAGGGUCGCAAGCUCUAUGGGAUGCCCACCGACUUUGGCUUCUGUAUCAAGCCGAACAAGCUUCGAAACGGCCACAAGGGGCUUCGGGUCUUCUGCAGUGAGGAUGAACAGAGCCGCAGCUGCUGGUUAGCAGCUUUCCGCCUCUUCAAGUAUGGGGCGCAGCUGUAUAAGAAUUACCAGCAGGCGCAGUCUCGCCACCUGCGUCCAUCUUGUGUGGGUUCUCCACCGUUGAGGAGUGUCUCUGAUAACACCCUGGUGGCCAUGGACUUCUCUGGCCGUGCUGGGCGUGUCAUUGAGAACCCCCGGGAAGCUCUGAGUGCAGCCCUGGAGGAAGCCCAAGCCUGGAGGAAGAACCACCGUCUCAGCCUGCCCACCCCAGGCUCGGGUACGAGCCUCAGUGCAGCCAUCCACCGCACCCAACCCUGGUUCCACGGACGCAUUUCCAGGGAGGAGAGCCAGCGGCUCAUCGGGCAGCAGGGCCUGGUAGACGGCCUGUUCCUGGUCCGAGAGAGUCAGCGCAACCCACAGGGCUUUGUCCUCUCCUUGUGCCACCUGCAGAAGGUCAAACAUUAUCUUAUCCUCCCGAGCGAGGAGGAGGGCCGCCUCUACUUCAGCAUGGACGACGGCCAGACUCGCUUCACCGACCUGCUGCAGCUCGUGGAGUUCCACCAGCUGAACCGCGGCAUCCUGCCCUGCUUCCUGCGUCACUGUUGUACUCGCGUGGCCCUCUGACGGCCGCUCCCAGUGUGGCCCCGGAGGUGCAGAAGCUCGCCAAGCAUCGGAGCGCACCCCUGCUCCGGAGAGAGUUUCUGCUUUGCUCCUUUGCCUCCCCCUCAGGCAGAAAGAUUCCCCAUCCCCCACCUCUUUCCUCAAGAAAAGGCACUGGGGGCGGCCCUCCCCUCCGUGGGGCCCCUGGGCACUGCCCUGCGGCAGGGCAUUGUGGGAGAAAUGGGGGCAGCCCAGGUGGUCUGAUGCCCCACACUUUGUACAGACUGAGAGGCCAGUUGAUCUACUGUUUUAUACG